AUGAAAGAAGAAUACAGUCAUCUAGACAUCAACGAUCAGAUCAAGAGUUUACGAGAGUUAUUGAAUAAGGAAGCUGAAGAGGUGCUCUUAACAGAUAGUCAGCUGGAAGAAGUAUCAAGAUUUAAGAAAGCGGAAGAAGUUCGCAGAGCUCGAGAAGAACAGACUGAGAGAGAGAAACAACUAGCCAAAGUAGCGGAACGGGCUGAAGCUGAAAGAAAACGAGAAGCUGAAAAAGAAAGACGAGCAGAAGAAGAGAAAGCUAGAGUAGCGGAAGAAAGUUAUCAGGAUAUCGAGGAAGAACGAUUUCUGCUAGAUUCGAGAGUAAGUCCGAGUUCUGUAUCUGCUGAAAUCCCGUUAAUCAUUGAUUCUCUUCAGAACGGCUCAACUGAAGAUCCCACAGCUAUAGAGAUGGAGAAAUUGAAUAUUGCCAAUAACGAGCAAUUGGAUUUGAGUCAAAACGAAUCACUGCCAGUAGUUUCGAACGAAACUUCCGUCGACUUUGUUUCAUUUAUUCAAGAAAAUGGAGCUUAUUUGAUGCUUCAAAAACAAAAGUGGCCUCAGAGACUACACCAUGAUUUGAAAAAUGAAGGCGUGAGGUAUCCGCUCGGAGUCGCAUAUGACGAAAAAGCCAAGCGUUGGCUGAUUUGUGAUCGCAAUACUGAGAAGAUUUUGCUUAUUGAUGUCAAGAUGGAAAGUAUGAAUGUCUGUGACGAUAUCAGUUGUCCAACUGCAAUUAUUGUUUAUGAAGAAGGAAAAAGCGCAGCCGUUUUAUGUGCAGUUGGAAAAAGUCAUACAAUUUACAUAUACCACCACAGCGAACCUAAUCCUUUCAUACAAGCGUUUGCUCGACACGACGAACCGAUGUACGACAUGCGCCACCAGCUGAGAGGACUUGCGAAGUCAGUCGGAGGAAACAUUCUUUCAUUAGAAAAACAUAAUCAAAACCGAAUGCGGGUGUUCAACAAAGGCAUGGGUGGAAAAGGAUUCUCCAUGGCUGGAACAAAUACACCAUGUUUCAUCGCAUCAUUCCGAUCUACCGUGGCUGUGUCAGAUCUAGGUGUGAAUAAGGUGUUCAUUUGCAAUUUGGACGACAGAGACUGGGAAUCGAUUUCAUUCCAAAUGUUAAGAGUGAUCGAAACUACAGUCGUCUUGCCGCCUGAUCAACUUGCCAAUCAGUCAGGAUUUCAAUUUGUAGCCGGAAUGCAGUUUGACUGCAACGGAUUCCUUCUCAUUGGUGAUGCGAAAGGGCAUUCGAUUAAGCUCUAUGACACUGAUUACAAUUUCCUGCACAGAGUGUCGAGUGAUUUCGUUCUCCCAUACGUUUCGUCAUUCCAUGUGAACAAAGACGGAGAUUGUAUUCUCCUCGACGUAAAACAGCGUGACGCCAUUCAGUGGGUAAAGAUGUCAUCAGUGCCGAACGUUCGGCAUUGGCUGGGCAGUCUGGUGGUUUUUAUAUUAACAAGUUCCGUUGGUUCUCAAUUCCCACCCACCUACGCGGUCCUUCUCACUUCCAUUUUCACAAUAAUCGGAGCAGCAGUUUUUGUCAUUUGUGACGCUUUUAACUUCAAUAAAACCGAACCAGAUGAGUGGAUCUUCUGGGAAAGUGUAUUCACUUCUUCGUUCUCGUUUCUCUUCACCGUCAACACAAUGACAAUGCUCUACAGUUCGAUUCGAUGGAACAACACUGCUUGGUGGCUGGCAACUGUCGUGUGCUCAAUGGUCACAAUGUCAUUUUUUCUUAGCUUGAUUCAUGUGAUGAGAAAACAAACCAAAGGGCACAUUGCGCUGACUCAGGAAGAGAAUAUUGUUCGCUUCAACACACGAAUGAAUCGUCGUGUUUAA